CUUCCUUUCCAGUUCAGUACAUUAUCCAACCCUCUCACUCACCUCUGCAAAUUAGAAAGCCACUCUCUCUCUCGCUCGCUCUCUUCCAACAAUGUCAAGAGACCGCCUCGUAAAGAGCGUCAAGAAGUUUGCUGAUGUCCAAUACAAGCUCUUCACAGCUCGCUAUGGUCAGCAGCUCAUCGACAUUUUCGAGUUCCCCGUAAAGCUUGUGCUCUCUCCUUUCACUAUCGCCAUUGACGUUGCCGGCUCCGCCCAGCGUGGCUUUGGCGUGCCCGAGUUGAUUUCCAAGCUCUCUUACGCCUCAAUAUUUGUAGUAGCUACUCUAGGGACUUAUGACAUAGCGCUAGAGAUGGGAAAGAAGGUGAUAUGCCAGAGGAACUGUGAAACCUGCAACGGUUGGCAGGCAUUGCGGUGUACCUUGUGCAAAGGGUCAGGGAGGGUGCACUACCAAGUGAAAAAUUACACAUUGAAAAGUGGGGAGAGGGAAACGGCUGAAUGUGUUGCAGAUGCUAUUGCUGACAGUCGUGCUGAGUUGGUUCAUCUUCCAUCUGCCAUAAAUCUUCAUACACCAUUGCCGUCUAAAGACUGCCUGACCUGUGAUGGCACGGGUGUAAUGAGCUGUCCUGAGUGCAAAAACAAAUUACAAGUCAGAAUCUCUGCAGAUGAUAUAAUGGAGCCUCCCUGGAAAGCCUACAAUGUUAUGAAGAAGAUGGACUACCCUUAUGAGCAUAUAGUUGACAGCAUGAAAGAUCCCAGCAUUGCUGCAUUUUGGCUAUUUACCUUGCCUCGGGUUGUGGGUGGUUACGACUAUGAUGAUGAUGUCAAACAAAAACUUUGGUGGCAAUACAAGGAAUCUAUGCGGUAUGAUCAACUUCGUGAUGUGGUGGCCAAGCGAAAACCUGGCUGGGAGCACUUGCAGGAAGCCUUGAUCUCCAUAGAUCCUGCUCGUGCAAGAGAUGAUCCUGUUAUUGUAAAAAAUAUCCCUUUCUAUAAAGCGAAGAAGGCACUUGAAGCAGAAGUCAUGAAACUAAAUCCUCCAGCAAGGCCACAAAAUUGGGGACAGGAACUGGACCUUCCAUUGGAUGCAUCUUCCUGGAGCAAGGAGGAUCUCAAAGAUCCUGGAAAGUUUUAUGAAAUGACCGUUCUUCUUAAUGCUCAGCGAGAAAUCGCUGACAAAAUUUUGGAUGCACAAUGGGAGACUAAAUGGCGUCAAGAAAAGUUGAAUGAGAUGUUGGCGGAGAAGGUACGGCCAUACAUGCAGAAGAUCGACAGUGGGACCCUCUCUCAGCCUAUUAUACUACCACCACAAGAACAGAAUCAGAAGAGGAGCCGACAACGGAGAUGGUGGUUCUUUUAAUGAUCUUCCAGCUAUUUUUGUGACUGAAAAACGUGGAUCGGCUCUUGCUGUUAUUACGUAUAAUUUGGUUGAACUACAUUUUUCCUGCUUGUGUGUAUUGUUUAGUUCAUUUCCCUCCAUACAGCUCUUCUUAAUCUGUUCCAAUUUUGAGGCUAGUGGGACAUUGAUUGAUGUAAAUGAGAAGCAAAUAACUAUCUUGUCUAAGUGGCGGUGCAUCUCAGAAUUUGUAAGAAAGAAAAUCUUCGAAUAGUUCAAAUUCAAAUAUUGAAGUCU